AGGGGAGAGGGAGGGCGGCCAUGAAGUGCGUGAUCGGGGGGGCGCAGCUCCGAGUGUUUGGAAGAGCAAUACAUGCCAUAGCACGGAUUAGUGAUGAAUUUUGGUUUGACCCCAUAGAAAAAGGUCUUGCCUUAAGAUCAGUGAAUUCCUCGAGGUCAGCAUAUGCAUGUGUGUUCUUCUCAUCCAUGUUUUUCCAGCAUUACUGCUGCACAGCUGCGCCCCAGCCCUGUCAGAAGGAGAAGCAGUUAUCCCUCCCCUGUAAAUUGAUAAUUAAGUCAGUUCUCCCUGUGUUUAGAUGUGUAAAUGUGCUGGAAAGGAACGUAGAGAAAUGCAGCAUCUCCACCAGCCCCAGUGAGCAGCACGUCACCUUCCAGCUGCUCUGCAGGCACGGUGUUGUAAAAACCUAUAACCUGACAUUUCAGGAGUGUGAUCCCUUGCAGGCUGUUUUUGCAAAGCACAUGUGUCCAAACAUUCUUAAAGUCCACUCCAGGCUGCUGGCUGAUGUGAUGAUCCACUUCCCAACCAGUCAGGAAGAAAUAACCUUGUCAGUAACUCCAAUGAAAGUUUGUUUCAAGAGUUACACUGAGGAAGACACUGACUUUUCAAGGACAAUGCUUACUGAGAUACAGCUCAGUCCAGAGGAAUUUGACUACUUUCAAGUUGGAGUAGAUUCUGAAGUGACAUUUUGCCUUAAAGAACUGAGGGGCCUGCUGGCGUUUUCCGAAGCCACGAGCGUUCCUGUGUCCAUCCACUUCGACAGAUGUGGGAAACCCAUUGCAUUCAGCAUUGAGGACCUGCUGCUGGAGGCCAGCUUUAUCCUGGCUACCUUGUGUGAGGCUGAGAAGGAGGCAGCUCCCCCAGAGCCUGCCUGCUGCCCACGGCCCUGGGACAGCUCAAGGACUGGCAUGGAUAAAUCUGACCAGACCUCCAUGGAUGGAGCCAGCAACGCAGUCACAGCCACUUCCAAAAAGCCACAGCAGAAGGGAAACACUCAGAGCAUGGACCCUGCAAAACCCCCAAGUGGUCUGGCAAAACAAGAGGUAAAAAAUAUUCCCAGAGGCACAGAGAGGGAUGUGCCAGGCAGAGCAGGAGCAGCCACGGCCCAGCCAGCCAGAGGAGAAGCCACAGAGGCUCCUUAUGCCAAGUUCCACUCCUUGUUCUUUGGAGCUGUCUCUUACAAGGAGAAGGAGGCCGUCGGUGACACCUUCCAGAGCUUGGUGACAGCCAGUGACACUGAGGAGGAGCUGGGUGCCUUGCAGAGCUCCCCGGUUCUGUAGUGCAGGGCUUGGGGUCCAAGGACAGACAGUGGGGAGCGCCCAGGAGGGAGGGGCAGGGCAGGCCCAGCCUUUGUCACUGGUGCUGUGACCCAGCAGCACAGAACGUUCUGGAACUGCCAGUGCUCUGGUAAUGGCACAAAUUUAGGUCACGAUUGACUCCGUUGAGGUUUGUGUGUUCUGCAGGAGCUGCUGGGGGUUCUGCUCUCAGAACACUCUCACUGGAGAGAGGCUCAGUUUGAAUUCAAACUCUGUUACCCCAUCAGGUUAAGGGAGAACUCAGGUUUUUACAGGUUCUCUAGAACCAGCCUUUAACUGAAAAACCAAAGUUGUCACAGAACUGCAUUUAAAAAAAUAAAGGUUUGAGUUUCAGACUUGCAUUAUUCUUUUCCUUCCCGGAGUCUCUCCCCCCACACGCCAGGGGCAGUGCAGUAUUUCCAAAGUCACACUGGAAUACGACACUGAAGUUCCCAGUCAAUUAAAGGAUGGUUAUCUGUCUGCCAGGCUGCUGCAGAAGGCAUUGGGUGUCACUCAGGUGUGGCCCCGAGAGCCGAGCAGGGAGGUCACAGUGACAGCCCAGCCCCCCAGCCCUGGCUGUGCCUCUGUGCCUCCAACCACAUCCCCACAUCAACAAACAGAGGGUUUGCAGGCAACUUGACUUUAAAAAGCACAUUUUAGUAUAAAUACUAUAUUUAUUAAAUAUCUUUACAAUUUAUUUAAAUGUAUUUACAGAACUAUUCCUGCAUAAGUUAUACCUCAGACAUGAAAUUCACAUAAUUGCCUCUUGGGUAAGCAUAGAUGAUAGUCUCAUUUUAACAGCAACAAAAAAGCAUCCUCAGAUACAGACUCGGAUUUGCUUCAUUGUUUCAGCUAUCUUUGUCAGAAACUACUGCAUACAGUCGGCUUUUCCACACAGCAGCUGCUCCUCCCCUGGAGAAAGGAUGUU